AGCUGUGUCUGUGUGCGCCUUGGCCAAUGGAACCAGAUCCUCCCUGCAGUGCGUAAGAGCGCGAUUUAGGAUUUAACCAAGUCUUUGCUGCGGGGCUGGCUGCAGUCUUCAGCAGAGCCCGACGGCCUGAGAGCCCUGCAACUAUGCCAGUGUAGUUUUCAUACCACUUUUGGAAUCAGACCGUCUCGUUUUUUUUAUUAUUACUAUUGUUAUUUGCUAAUUAAAUAAAACAAAACCAACGUGUUCCUUCGCGAAGUAUGACUGGAGUUUUCGACCGAAGGAUCCCGAGUGUGAAACCCGCAGACUUCCAGAGCUCCUUUCAACUCUCCACCAUGCACCAUCCGUCUCAGGAAUCUCCUACUUUACCCGAAUCCUCCGCCACGGAUUCUGGCUACUACAGUCCCGCCGGUGGAGUCACUCACGGUUACUGCUCGCCCAGCUCCAGCUCGUAUGGGAAGCCUCUGAAUGCCUACCAGUACCAGUACCCGGGUGUAAACGGAUCCGCUGGAAAUUACUCGACAAAAUCCUACACUGAUUACAGCUCGUACACGACCCCCGCCUACCACCAGUACGCCGGGACUUACAGCAGAGUGCAAGCCCAGCCGAGUCCACAAGAGAAAGAGCUAAGCGAGCCUGAGGUGAGGAUGGUGAAUGGCAAGCCGAAGAAAGUGAGAAAACCCCGGACAAUCUACUCCAGCUUCCAACUGGCCGCCCUGCAGAGGAGGUUUCAGAACACACAGUACCUGGCGCUGCCGGAGAGAGCCGAGCUGGCCGCCUCGCUGGGACUCACGCAAACACAGGUCAAAAUUUGGUUCCAGAACCGAAGAUCAAAAAUGAAGAAGAUCAUGAAGAACGGCGAGCUUCCCCCGGAGCACAGCCCCAGCUCCAGCGACCCCAUGGCCUGCAACUCCCCACAGUCUCCGGCCGUCUGGGACACACAGGGUCCCUCGAGGCCGCACAGCCUACAGCCACAAAGCAUCAACACGACGGCGUCUAACUUUUUGGAAAACGCGGGGUCUUGGUACACCUCCGCCGGCAGCUCCAUGACUUCCCACCUUCAGAACCCGAACUCGAUACAGCACUCGUUGGCUCUUGGAGCGGGGACGUUAUAUUGAAAAACUCCUUGUUGUUCAUUUCAGUUUUUAUUUUUCCUCCUUCUAUGGGACUCGUGUUCAAAUUUCAGAGGAAUAUGCAAUGUAUUUGAUGACAGUCAUAGAAGAAACGUGUAAAAUGUGUAAAUGUGUGCAUGUAAUUUAUUGCAUUUUUGAAGACUAUUAAACGUUUAAAUGGACAAUGGAACUUUGCAA